GCGGCGUAUUGCCACAUUACUAGGAGUGUGUCUUGCCUUGACAGUUACAUUUAUAUUUAAAAAUUAUGAUAUUACAUUGAGUUCCCGACACUUGAUUACGUUCCAAGCAAACAUUAAACGCAAUGAUGCUAAGUAUGGCGUUCACAGAACGGACGUCUUAAAUAGGACGUCUGAUCGCGACUCCAACUUUACAACGCAAAGUCAUGUGGAAAAUAACUCAGUCAGUUCAUAUGAAACACAAACGGUUCAUCUUUUAAAGUCAACAGUUCAGUCCCACAAACUGGAAUCUUCCAUAUUUAACACGAUAGAAUAUAUGAGGAAUUUUAACAAAAUAAAAGAGAAAUUUUAUUCAGAAGAAGAACAACAGCAUUUGCAUAAUAUCCAACGUUCAACUAAUGAUCAAAUUGGCGUCAACGGAGUUAAAGAAAGCUCAAUAUCACCACCGAAGGAAAAUAUUGUUCAUGAUUUGCAAUCUCCGAAACUAGUGAAAGAUUCAACGACAAAAUCAGCAGACCAACUUAAUGGAAGUGAAUCAAAUAGAACAAUCAGGAAUGACGUCAUUGAUAAAUUACACAUUGAAAGUCAGGAUCCUAAUACAUAUACAGACAAUAACUUUGUAGAUCGCAGUAUAAACAGUCUAAACAAUGCCGGUUUACCUGGUGACAUAGCGAGUAGGCUAAAUCAAAUACAACACGUGUAUAUGCAGAACCAGGAAGCCCUGGCCCACAACCAAUUCAUUCUUCAUGACCAACUAGUGGAGGAUAGGUUCGAUAUGCCAGAGGAAAAUAGGAAUGAUGCUCUAGAGGGGGACGGCCAUGUCAUCAACAAGGACCAAACGGUUAACAACAUUUCUACAAUUGAAGUAAAUAAUGUAGAUGAUUCAGUACGGAUUGGCAAUACUAAUUCACUUCUUCAAUCUGAACAGCAAAAUGUCCAAACCAAUCGGAUUGGUGAAAUAAAUUCACCUCUUCAAUAUGAACAGCAAAAUGUCCAAACCAAUCGGAUUGGCAAUACCCAUUCACCUCUUCAAUAUGAACAGCAAAAUGUUCAAACCAAUCGGAUUGGUGAAAUAAAUUCACCUCUUCAAUAUGAACAGCAAAAUGUCCAAACCAAUCGAAUUGGCAACCUCAAUUUUCCUCUUCAAUCUGAACAGCAAAAUGUCCAAACCAAUCGGAUUGGCAAUACCCAUUCACCUCUUCAAUAUGAACAGCAAAAUGUUCAAACCAAUCGGAUUGGUGAAAUAAAUUCACCUCUUCAAUAUGAACAGCAAAAUGUCCAAACCAAUCGGAUUGGCAAUACCCAUUCACCUCCUCAAUAUGAACAGCAAAAUAUUGAAAACAGAACACAGACAACCUACGACUGUGAAAAUCCAAGACAUGUCCCACAUGUGGAAAACAUUUUGUGUAUGGACAAACCACAAUUCCUUCCUAAUUACAAAAACCCAUGUUGGCGAGACGGUCCAAUGGGUGUGUUAAGAUGUCUACCUUACUUCCACAUAUUUGGGACCUGCAAAUCCGGAACAACAGAUUUAUUUCUCCGUAUGAUCCACCAUCCGCAAAUUCUUCCUAACAGUGGAAUAUUGUCCAAGGAGACUUGGUUCUGGAGCUGGAAACGGUAUGACCAACGUAUCGGAUUCCGCCACAAUAGAACUAUUCCACGUCUGGCAAUGACUCUUCAAAAUUUUACGGAUUAUUUUGAUGCAAAAACGAUUGAACAUGGCGUAAAAUUCCCAGAUGGACGGAAUUCAUAUCAUAAGCUUGUCACGGGUCACGGUGAUCCAAUGGAUAUUUGGGAUUUCACAAGAUGGCGUAAUAUAUCACAAAACAACCCAAUGGCACUGGAACCGGAAGUGACGACACCGCAUCUAAUUCAUCACGUGAAUCCUGAUAUCAAACUGAUUGCUCUGCUACGAGAACCUGCUGAGAGGGCGUAUUCUCACUACUUACAUCUGCAUUAUGGUGACACAAAGGAGUCGUUUCACUACCACGUGCUACAGACCAUUAGCUAUCUGAAAAAAUGCGAGAAAUAUGGCCGACUGAGGGCCUGUGUGUAUAAACCAGGAUUUAAAAAAAUCAAGGCCCCACUGCACGCUAGUUUGUAUUACCUUCACCUGACGGAGUGGCUGAAAGUUUUCCCUAGGAACCAGAUACUCCUACUGACUAACGAGGACUACCAUAGGGACACGGCGGGUACACUUCGUACUGUGUUUAGACAUCUCAAUCUGGAUCAAAUGCCAUACCCGGAUCUGGUAAAGGUGGCAAGUCGACAAAAGCAGUACGUUUCACCAUUGAAAGCCAGAUUGGGAGCCAUGCUGCCACAGACCAAAGCCAUUCUUGGGAAAUAUUUUGAAGAUUCUAUCCACAAACUUGUUUCGUUACUUAAUGAUACAAAGUAUCUAAAGUGGAUUGAUAAAAAUUCACCGCUGUAUAAUUCAAACAGUACGAACUUGUAUUCAUUAAAUGAGUUGGAAACAUUAGAAAAUUCUUUUAAUAUUAUACCGAGAGACCAAUCAAUUUACAGGAAAUUGUCACGAUACACACACUUCAAUAAAAGGAAUGCUGUCAAAUUUAACAGGAGCCCAAGAAAUGGAUUUUUAAAUGCAAUUCAAUUCAAAUUACCUUCCAAUAAUAUUCCACGAGCUGACCUGCCUUCUAACAUUAUACAGGAAUUCAAUUUUCACCCAAGGAGACAUUGAAAUGCCUCGUUCCUUUCCAAUGACAAUCCAAUAUACUUUAUGUCAGGCCUUUGUUUUCAAAUGAAACCAUUCUUAGCGUUUUUUGAAAUCCAAUAUUGAACAUUAUGAAGUUUAUUGACAUUGAUUAAAAUUAUUGGUCUUGUGCAUCUCGCCAUCCAGAUUCUGACUUUUUUUUUUUAUCUAUUUCGAGGCGAGUAUUUGGUCGUCUCCAAUGCUUUCUUUAGGUCCUAAGCAUCACUGACGAAUCCUAGAAGGACGAAAUAGCUCUUUGGUGCAGUUUAAUCAAAUGUUUGGCUCUACUUCUGUGUCCGACUCGUAAUUUGAUUUAAAUGAUGCCAAUAUCGUGUGUGUCUUUUAAACCAUCCAUGGAAAUACAACACAAAAGUUCAGAUCUUCUGUCAAAUACCUAAUCGAAAUUUCAGUACAGUACUUUAAAUGCAAAACUUAAUAGACUUUGCAAUUCAAGAUAUCAACUCCUCUUCAAAUACUUACUCAUAAUUGCAUUAAUUUUACAAUGAGGUCCAAUUGUUUAAUAGUGACGUGUAGAAAAACAAUACAUAACUGUAAACCAACUUAUUUUCGCGGGCGAUGAAUUUUCGCGUAUUUCGGGAAAAUUAAACGCCGAUUAGUAUUUUUAAUCAUGGGUACAGCACGCCUUUAAUGGCUAUAAAUCAUGAAAUUAAAUCGCCGCGAACAAAGUUGGUUUGUAGUACUAAGGGAGAGUGCCUAGUAUAAGUCCGCGAACAAAGUUGGUUUGUAGUACUAAGGGAGAGUGCCUAGUAUAAGUCCGCGAACAAAGUUGGUUUGUAGUACUAAGGGAGAGUGCCUAGUAUAAGUCCGCGAACAAAGUUGGUUUGUAGUACUAAGGGAGAGUGCCUAGUAUAAGUCCGCGAACAAAGUUGGUUUGUAGUACUAAGGGAGAGUGCCUAGUAUAAGUCCGGGAACAAAGUUGGUUUGUAGUACUAAGGGAGAGUGCCUAGUAUAAGUCCGGGAACAAAGUUGGUUUGUAGUACUAAGGGAGAGUGCCUAGUAUAAGUCCGCGAACAAAGUUGGUUUGUAGUACCAAGGGAGAGUGCCUAGUAUAAGUCCGCGAACAAAGUUGGUUUGUAGUACCAAGGGAGAGUGCCUAGUAUAAGUCCGCGAACAAAGUUGGUUUGUAGUACUAAGGGAGAGUGCCUAGUAUAAGUCCGCGAACAAAGUUGGUUUGUAGUACCAAGGGUGAGUACCUAGUAUAAGUCCGCGAACAAAGUUGGUUUGUAGUACCAAGGGAGAGUGCCUAGUAUAAGUCCGCGAACAAAGUUGGUUUGUAGUACUAAGGGAGAGUGCCUAGUAUAAGUCCGGGAACAAAGUUGGUUUGUAGUACUAAGGGAGAGUGCCUAGUAUAAGUCCGGGAACAAAGUUGGUUUGUAGUACUAAGGGAGAGUGCCUAGUAUAAGUCCGGGAACAAAGUUGGUUUGUAGUACCAAGGGAGAGUGCCUAGUAUAAGUCCGCGAACAAAGUUGGUUUGUAGUACUAAGGGAGAGUACCUAGUAUAAGUACUAGUCCGCGAACAAAGUUGGUUUGUAGUACUAAGGGAGAGUGCCUGGUAUAAGUCCGCGAACAAAGUUGGUUUGUAGUACUAAGGGAGAGUGCCUAGUAUAAGUCCGCGAACAAAGUUGGUUUGUAGUACUAAGGGAGAGUGCCUAGUAUAAGUCCGCGAACAAAGUUGGUUUGUAGUACCAAGGGAGAGUGCCUAGUAUAAGUCCGCGAACAAAGUUGGUUUGUAGUACUAAGGGAGAGUGCCUAGUAUAAGUUGUAAGAACUUGUGCCAAAUCUCUUUGGAUGGUUUUUCCAUGAAAUGUGUUUGUGUGGAAUAAAUAGUCAUUACUUUUGUU